AGGCGGCGCGGCGGGCAGCCCCAGCGGCGGGGCGGGGGGAGUUAUAUUGCGGGGUCCUUCCUCGCUCACCCUGGUUCCUCUCGCAGCGGAGACGGCAAAUGGCGGACUUCGACACCUACGACGAUCGGGCCUACAGCAGCUUUGGCGGCGGCAGAGGGUCCCGUGGCAGCGCAGGCGGCCAUGGCUCCCGCAGCCAGAAGGAGCUGCCCACGGAGCCCCCUUACACGGCAUAUGUAGGCAACCUCCCCUUCAACACGGUGCAGGGUGACAUAGACGCCAUCUUCAAGGAUCUCAGCAUAAGGAGUGUCCGGUUAGUCAGAGACAAAGACACAGACAAAUUCAAAGGAUUCUGCUAUGUAGAAUUUGAUGAAGUGGAUUCCCUUAAGGAAGCCUUGACUUACGACGGUGCGCUGUUGGGUGACCGGUCACUUCGUGUGGACAUCGCCGAGGGCAGAAAACAAGACAAAGGCGGCUUCGGAUUCAGGAAAGGCGGGCCAGAUGACAGAGGAAUGGGUGGCUCUCGAGAAUCUCGAGGUGGAUGGGAUUCCCGGGAUGACUUCAAUUCUGGCUUCAGGGAUGACUUCCUCGGUGGCAGGGGGGGUGGUCGCCCUGGGGACCGCCGUGCAGGCCCCCCAAUGGGGAGCCGCUUCCGAGAUGGCCCUCCACUGCGGGGGUCCAACAUGGACUUCAGAGAACCCACAGAAGAGGAACGGGCACAGAGGCCCCGGCUCCAGCUGAAACCUCGAACAGUCGCGACGCCCCUCAAUCAAGUAGCCAACCCCAACUCUGCCAUCUUCGGAGGAGCCAGGCCCAGAGAGGAAGUCGUUCAGAAGGAGCAAGAAUGAGCUCGAGGGUGGGAGGGAGCGGGGUGGGGGUGGGUUCCGAGCAAGACCACAGCCUGGCCGGCCCCCCUCCCCGUCCCCCAGCCCUGUGGCCGCCAUUCCUGCGCUGACCCUGACCUUCCUCCUGUAACACGGAAGCAGAGAUCGUGAGCAUGUCAGCUGUUAGCACGUGGUUUCUAGUCACUCGGCUUCGCGCUUCUCUAGAGCCUGGUCUGUGCUUCUGUCUCCCAGUCUGUCUCUUUCCCUCCUUCCCCUUCCCUUCUAUUCAUUCUUCUCGCUUGGAGGCCCAUGGACAAGCCUUCCAGGUGACAUAGAGCUUCCCUAUCUUCUGCUCACACUCCCCUCUCUCUCUCUCUUUCUCUCUCUCUCUCUCUCAUUCUCACUCUCUUCCCCCCCCUUUUGUCUUCCCCUCUCUUCCUCACCCUUCUCCCCCUUCCAGCACACUGGCCGGACUGUAGCCACCCCCUUUGAUCUCUACUGCAUGUGGAGUUCUGUGUUGCUGUGACUCCCUAGAAAGAAAGAAACCCCUGAAGUGAAGCACCCACCCCCUGCAGCGUCCCGAGACCGACUCACAGAAGCACCUAGUUUCCAGAAUGUGGUGGCCUGUCAGUCGGUCUGCACAGAGCCCCCAGGCCUGUCUGGCCUCAUGGCCCCCUCCCCAGUGGACUGAAGUUCCCUUCUCAGGCAGCGAAACCAAGAGUGAUGCAGUGGAUUCCCUACUGUGUCCCUGGGGCUCCUUCACACAUGUCCAGACCUGUCCUUCCUGAUGUCUGUCUGUCCGCCUGGACACAGCAGGCUGUGGCUCCUUGUUCCUGCCAGGCAUAUGUAGCGGGUGGCGGCUCUGAGGUGUGGUCAGCGCCGGUUCUCUUUUCCAAGAGUCCCUGUUGUCCAUGUGACCCCAUGUCCCCCUGUUCGUGUCCAUUCCCUGGCCCGACCCCACGAUCCCGCAGCCCCAGCCCACUGGUGAGACUGGGCCUGAGGUCCCACAUUUCUCUGCAGAGCCGGCAGGAAGCCCUGAGUCACCCUGUCAGGCCAGAGUUCUGGCCCCGAGUCUGGCGUUGAGCUCAGCUUUUUGGAGGCUACUUGGGAGCUUGACAGCAUGGGGAGCCAGUGAAAAAUUCCCAAACCCCAAGUCCCCAGCUGUCCCUGGGGAGUCCAGCAGUUGCUAGCACUAGGUCAUGGCCCCUGGCUUUCCAAGCUCCCCAUCUGUCACAGUGUCCUGGCAACUUACAGAACUCCCCCCCCCUUCUCCCCACCGUCUUCUCCGCUUCUGAAAUACGAACCAUCUGUGUAACACCGACACUUCACUUAGAGACAUGCGUCCCGUGGUUGUACUCGAACCCGAUGUUUUCAGACGACCUCACACCUCCAAUGUGGAACCGAUUCAGAACAAAACCAGUUGAUCCCAGCUGACUUUUAAACCUAAGAACGGAAUUCCAAACACUUAACACAUUCAGCUAUGUGACAGAAAGGAUAUCUAUGGAUAUGGUAUUUUGUGAAUGAUCUUUUAAAUAAAAGAAAACCUUACGUAAUA